AUGAACUAUCACCAACCCUCAUCUUUGCAGGUUCUGGAUGCCGAGCACAACUUUGCCCAUGCUUCCAAACAAAUUCGCUUUGCUGCAAUUCAGGGAGCAUCACUGGCGGUUCUUCCAGAAUAUCAUAUGACAGGAUGGGUGCCAGACGAACCCUCAUUCGCACUGAGCUAUGAGGAAGCUCAAAGCUUCCAACGCCGAUACCAGCAACUCGCGGCCGAAGUGCACAUCAACAUAUGCGCCGGCACAAUCGUCUACCGCGCACCAGAUGAUCAGCAUACCAAGGAUACUUCCAAAUCCAAGCCAACUCUUCUCAACACUUCUUACUUCAUCGACCAUGAUGGAAAACUCUUAGGCGCUUAUACCAAGACCAACCUCUGGAUUCCCGAACGCAACCAUCUGACUUCAAGCAUCGACUACGCACACAAGAUGCAAGUCGACGAGGGUACACCGAAGCCUCACCAAGUCUUCGACACUCCCUUGGGCCCCGUCGGAAUACUGGUUUGCUGGGAUUUGGCAUUUCCCGAAGCGUUCCGACAGCUUGUUCUCGCAGGGGCAAAGAUCAUCAUCAUGCCCUCAUACUGGACGCUGUCAGACAUGAGCAAGGAGGGCUUGGAGUAUAAUGCUACUUGCGAGAAGAUGUUUGUGGAAUCCACGCUUACUACAAGAGCGUUUGAGAAUACUGCUGCCAUCAUCUACUGCAAUGCGGGAGGUCCUUCGGAUCAGGGCUAUUUUGGUUGCAGCCAGGUUGCAUUGCCCAUUGUCGGCAAGGUUCCCGGGAGCUUCACGGAUGGUGAGGAUGGGAUGCGGGUAGUGGAUGUGGAUAUGCGAGUUGUUGAGAUUGCUGAGCGGAAUUACCAGAUCAGACAGGAUUUGGGACGCGUCGAUUGGCACUAUGGGUAUGUGAAGGGGUCCAAGUUGUAA